UCGAUUUUACCGUAAUUUGAUUGCAUGAUAAAUGUUUUCUAUCAAAAAGCAUAUCGUAUCUAUAGUUUAAAAAAUCAAUUACAAUUUCAGGAUGCGCGCGAUGCCUUCGUCCAUCGUUCAUUUUGUAAACGUUAAAAAGAUACAUACGUUCUGAAAAGUGAAUUUAAAAAUCAAUAGGUGACAGUACAUUGGGCAGUGAAUUUGAAUUUUUAUUUUAGUUUUCUACCUUGUUUAAUGCAAUUUGUAAUCUUCUUUGUUCACAGAUAUCAUUUAUGAUUUGAAAAUGGAAUACCACUCAAUUAAUUUUCAUGAACCAUUUGAUGCCAAUCCUUUCCCAUUUAUUUUGGGCCAUCCCAAUGUUCUACCGUUAUGGACCAGUAAGAAUCUUCGGUUGAGAGAUGAAGAGUAUUUCAAUUUUGAAAUAAGAGAUGGAUCUCCAGAUCGUGUUUCUGAUGUUAAAGAUUUUUCUUAUACAGGAAUCGAGACAAACAUUCCAAAGAGUAUGUGCCAUAUUUGUAAUAUAGAAGUCCCAUUAGGAUAUAUGGGUUUGCACCAAAACAGUGAGAAACAUAAGAUAUAUGUGAAAAUAUCGGAAAUAGCGUUAGAAAGGGUCCGGAGGCAAAUGGGUGAAACAUUCACGUCUGAAAAUAUGAACCCAUCUAUGUACUUCUGUCAAUCCUGUGUUGCACUUUUACCUAUAAAAGAUAAACAAAUACAUCUGGAUUCUCCAAUUCAUAAAAAUUCAAUAUGCAUCGACAAAUUGUUGUCAGAUUUUUCAAAAUUAUACUCCGAUGAGGUAGACAAAAAAUUCGAAAAUAAUAUUGGAGUCGUCUCUAACGAAACAACACAAUUUACUAACGAACCAGUUAAUUUUGAAACUAAUACAAUACAAAACGUAAAACAAACAGACAUCAAUACAUUAAUAAUAAAUCCGAAUAAAUCAUCACUUGAAGAGAAUUUCAAAAAUAUCAUAGACCAUCUAACUACAGAGGUGUUUAAAUGCAAAAUAAAAUAUUUCGAUCAACAACAAUUGAUUAUUAUAACAGAAGAUAAUAUAAAAUUAAAAGUAAACCAUGAUAAUUUUCAUAGUUUCUCCGCAUUGGGUUCGAAACAUGUACAAUGCAAGUUAUGUGGACAAAUUACUAGAAACAUAAGGGAACAUAUGUAUGAAGAUGGACAUUUAAUGAAAUUAGCACUGCCCAUUGACAAGAAUUGUAUGAGAAAGAUUAAAGAUUCAAAAGCUCAUUGUAUUUUAUGCAAUGAUUUAGUCGAAAAUCCUGAAAUUCAUUCCCUAUGUGACAAAGUCCAUGACCGUUUGAUGAUAUCAGCAAUGUUUUAUGAACAAGACGAUAUAAUAACGGGAACCGAAUUAAAAAACAAAGAAAUACCAUCGGAAUACUUUUUUUGCAACGUCUGCUAUAUACCAGUACAUAAAAACGAUACAAACAAACACUGCAAUGAUGCUAAACAUAUAUAUAAUACAAAAAUAGAUGGACAUUACUUUCUAGAAUAUUCUUACAGUCUUCGUAAAUUAAAAUGCAACGUGUGUUUUAUUUAUUUUCCAACAAAUAUGAUGGAGGAACAUUUAUCGAAUGUUGACCAUUUAAAAAUGUAUGAAAACUUAUUGGCUAGUAAUUAUCUAAUUAAAUCAACGAAAAUAUUUUGUGAAUUAUGCAUAUUAUAUUUGGAGAUAGGAGAUGAAAUGAAACACAUUAAAUCGACAGGACAUUUAGUGCUUCUGAAAACGAAAAACUAUGUACCAAAGGAGAAAACUAAAAAGAAAAAUAAAAAAAUCACAGAAACGAAAGCUGGUAAAGAAAAAAAAUCUAUACUACCCAAUGUGGGGACGGUAAUUGAUAAUAACGAUAUUCAAGAACAGGAAUAUGAGGAUUUAGUUACUUGUAAAGUUUGCGACAUAACAAUGGAAGACACAGAAAAAGAUAUUAAAAACCAUCUACAUAUUUACCAUCAGAUAGAAGAUGUAACAACAGUUAUAGAAAACAGUAAUAUAAAAUUAGUUGGGUCAUCAUUAAUAUGCGUAAAUUGCUGUGAAUAUGUCCCAAUCAAAGAUAAAUUAAAACAUCUAUCAAAUCCAACACAUAUUGUAAAAUCUUUUAAAAAACCAAAUGAAAAUGUUGAACUCUCCAAUACAAUUGUAAACGACGAUAGAAAUAAUAACGAAUUAAACACAAAAUCAAAAUCGAAAGAUACAUUUUUUGUACCGAAAAAAGAUAAAAUCGAUACAAAAAAACAAAUAAUUUGCUCCAUUUGUAAUUUGGCUGUACCUAAUAGCGCCAAUUCCAUGCAAAUACAUGAAACUGGUAAAAAACACAAUACAAAUUUACAAGCUAUACUAUUAAAAAAUAACAUCGAAGUUAGACCUGAUCAUUUGCGAUGCACAAUUUGUUGCAUGAAUAUAGAAAAAAACGAAUUAAUCCCACAUAUAAAAAGCGAUUAUCAUAAUUGUGUUGAGGAAAAAAGUAAAAAUAUAACCAAUAUUAGUUAUUGCGAUGUAUGCAAUAAAUUUAUAACAACAAAUAUGGAAAGACACGUUUUGAGUGCUGUCCACAAAAGUAAGGAGAUCCCUAAAAAUGUUGCCAGCUUUUUGUGUUUCGUUUGCGAUGUUUUACUAACGAACAGUGAAUCGAAUAUAAGAGAACAUAAUGAAGGUAUACAACAUAAGAAUAACAUAAAAAUUCUAAAUGAGAAUACUGUUAAAGUUUCUAACAAUAAAGGUUAUUGUGAAACUUGUGAUGUUACUUUCACAUUUAAAAUGAUAAAACAGCACAUAAAUACAUCGCAACAUUUAAUUUUAAUGGGCAAAGAUAUGCAACAAUAAAAAAAUGAGGGUAGUUGAAAAAAAAUCCAAGAUCCAAACAAGAUGUAUUCAAAAAACUCAAGACAUAUGAAACCAGUUAACGAACAGAGUACUUUAAAUGCUGAGGGUAGUUUUAAAAUGUGCAAUUAAUUAAAUGAGGGUAGAACAAAAAUGUAACAUCAAUCAGAAGUAAAUUAGAAUAUGAAUUCGGAAUAUUCCAGAAAGAAUAAUCAGCGUUUUGUUGAAAUUCUUUAAUUUUUUUUAAUCUUUUUCCUAAUAUAAGGUGGUAGAAUAAAAUUUUGGUCUACCCACAUUUAUUCCAUACCAUUCCAUGUGUGUAAAUAAACGCAUUUAGAUAAGAACUACAAUAUUCAAUUAUUACUGUAAAAUACUUGAUAAAUAAUAAUUAUAGCUAUUUAUCC